UUGGAGUUUCAAUUCCUUUUUUAGCUUCACCAUAUGUCAAGGGCAAUCACUGACAUCAUUCAGCAAUGGCGAACUAUUACAAAGCCAACAAGAGGACCAAGACCAACAGUUGAUCAGCUUAAAGAAAUAAUCAAAACUCGGCCUGAUUCUCUAGAAGCAAAAAUAGCAACGAGUCCAGCUGCUCGUAUUAUGGCUUCUCCUCUUAGACAAUGCGCACUUCAACGUAGAAUAUUCCCUUCAAAACUUUUACUUCGUUUUGGCCUCGGCUGGCAUCCAGAAACAAGACGAGUAUGGGCUUAUCCGACCGUUCAGGGAAAGACACAUGGAGCGGGAUACUACGUUAGCCUUCAGAGGCGUCUGUUGGAUGCAUUAAAGGGGGGAGCAGUAUACAACAGCGUAUUUCGAGGAAAUGCAAUGUACAGAGCUGAUAUGACUGACCAUGUACAAGAUGCAUUAUGUCAAGCAUCACUAAAAGAAUUCUUAAAGAUUUCUACGAGUUCAAUUCACAUCUUACAGCCUGUGGAUGACUCAAGCUGGGUAUCAGACAAGCCAGCCCCCAUGGGAUAUCAAUGUAUCAUCAUAUUACAGCAGAACCAUACAGACUUUUGUGCACAUGAUCACUCUGUCUACAUACAAUCAGAAGACAAGGCGCAGAAGGAUAUACCGUGCUAUUAUAUAAAAGAUCUAUGGUCAGACAAACAGAUAUCACAGAUAUUACAAAGACUGAAUAUUACUCCUGAACAACAGCGAGUGAGUGCAUUAGGUGUACCAAAAUCAUUCGAAACAGUCGACUUAGCUGUUGAACUUUGGCGUUGUAGAGAAUUUAUUGUCAAUUAG